UUUGGUUUUUAUUUCUUUCAGAGCAGAGCACAAGCACAAUGGAAAAGGUUCGAGGUGAUGAUGCUCAAUUGGCUGCUAUGGGCCAUAAGGCCGAAUUGAAGCGUAAUUUCUCGAUGCUGUCGAUGCUGGGUUUGGCUUUUGCCAUUCUGAAUUCAUGGACAGCCUUAUCAACGAGUUUAUCACUGAGUUUGCCCUCCGGAGGGUGUGUCAGUGUUGUUUGGGGUCUUAUUACAGCGGGUUUCUGUAAUCUGUGUAUAGCGACGUCGCUGGCUGAGUUUCUUUCGGCUUAUCCUACCGCUGGCGGUCAGUAUCAUUGGGUUGCAGUCGCCUGGGAGAGAUGGAUGCCAAUUCUUUCGUGGAUCACUGGCUGGGCCAAUGUUUCCGGAUGGGUCGCCCUGACUGCUACCGGUGGGCUGCUGGGUAGUGAACUGGUCAUUGGUGUUAUUUCGUUGAUGCAUCCGACAUAUGAAUCCGAACGGUGGCAUCAAUUCUUGAUUUACAUUGCGUACAAUGUUCUCGCUUUUAUCAUCAACGCGCUUAUGAAUAAUGCGCUUCCGUUGUUCACCAAGAGUGCUUUUAUCUGGUCUCUUACUGGGUUUACCGUUAUCUGCAUCACAGUCCUGGCGUGUUCUUCGCCGGACUAUAACUCGGGGAAGUUUGUGUUUGGAGAGUUCAUCAACCAGACAGGAUGGCCCGAUGGUAUUGCUUGGUUACUUGGACUUCUUCAAGGUGGACUCGGAGUCACUGGAUAUGAUGGCGUCGCCCACAUGAUCGAAGAAAUUCCCAACCCCUCCGUCGUCGGACCCAGGAUUAUGAUCGGCUGCGUUGUGAUCGGUAUCGUGACCGGCUCGAUCUUCUUGAUUGUUCUCCUUUUCGUCGCUGGAGAUAUCGAUACCAUCAUCAACUCUUCCGCGGGACCGUUGCUGGCGAUUUUCAAACAUGCGACGAAUAACAAUGCUGGCGCUGUUUGUUUGCUUAUUUUCCCUCUCGUGUGCAUGCUUUUCACGACUACCAGUAUCAUGACCACGAGUAGUCGGAUGGUCUACGCCUUCGCAAGAGACGGCGGCCUCCCCGCAUCCCCAUUCUUCGCCAGUGUCCACUCAAAGCUCAAAGUCCCUCUCAACGCACUAUACUUCACCGUCGUCCUGGUCAUCAUCUUCGGAUGCAUCUUUCUCGGCUCGUCCAGCGCUUUCAACGCCAUUAUCUCUGCUUCCGUCGUCAUGUUGGAUAUUGCGUAUGGUAUUCCUAUCGCAGUGAACUGUCUGCGGGGACGCAAUAUGCUUCCGGAACGACAAUUUGUUCUUCCUAAUACUAUUGGGUGGAUUCUUAACAUUAUCUCUAUUGUUUAUAUCUCUCUUACGACCGUGCUGUUCCUGUUCCCGCCUGAUCUUCCUGUUACGGGAAGUAACAUGAACUACUGUGUUGCUGCAUUUGGAAUCGUGUUUAUCAUCUCGAGCUUCCAAUGGAUCGUCGAUGGAAGGAAGAACUUUGUCGGUCCGAGAAUGGACGCGGAUCCUCUCGAGGGAGAAGUAGCCGUCAACGUCGUCGCCCCUAGCACAAGCGACCACAAACAAGAUAGCGAAAAGUAACUACGUCGGAUAUCAAGAAUUGAAUAAACGAAUAUCAUUGAACCAAACUCCAUAGAACAAUACCUAUCAAGACCCUUGAACCGAGAUACCUCAAAUCUCUCCCUUCUCAGCAGCCUCAGUUUGAGCCUCAGCUUCCUUAGCAGCAGCCUUCGCUUCCUCAACGUCAAUAAAAACAUGUCCCAACGGUCCAGCCCUCGGACUCCAUCCACUACAAUCAAUUUUAUACUUGCUAUCAACCCCCGACACCUCAAACCGAUUAACACUUUUCUUAUUGCGAUUGUCCCAGUGCAAUUCACAGAUCUUGUCCUCGCCAUGAAACAAGUCCAUCCAGCCUUCGCUGCCGCGGCGGCCGCGGGCGCAGACCUCGCCGAUGCCGUAGGAGGGGAUGGUGAGGGCGUCGAUGUCGGUUUCGGUGAGGGGGAGG